CAGGUUGGCUUGCCUACUAGUGGGUUAUGGUAGGCGCCAUCAUGAGCUGAAAAUUUGGGUCGUGACAAUAUUAUGUCUUUUUUAAUCUAAUAAAUACCUCUGCCUCACUUGUGAAGUACUCCCUCCGUUUCAUAUUACUUAGCCGCUAUAUCAAAAAUUGCAUGUUUCAUUUUACUUCUCCUAUUUAGAGAAUCAGGAAAGUUUUAUUUAUAUCCUUAGUACUGUAUUAAUAACUAUAUAAAAUAAUACUUAAUACGGAGUAGUUAAAUUUAAUAACCCAAAAUAUCAUUAGGUUAAUUUAGUAAUAUGUCAAGGCAACAAAGUCAGAGUAAUAUGCAAGAGAGGGCAAUGUUCAUGGGCAUAUUGUUCAACUGGAUGUAGUAGUAAUUUGUUAAGAACAGGCAAGAUUACAGGUGACUUUAUUGGUUGAAGAAAACAAUUUUGAUUGAUGAAAUGUUCUUUGGGUUUCAAUAUCUUUUCCAAGAAGUUACUACAAAUGAAUUCUUUUAAAUUUUGCUUUUGUUUAUGUAUUGGGAUGCUUUAACGUGUAAGACACCAAUAAUUUUGAACCUGUCCUUGUUUUUGUUUCAUGUUUUAAAUCACCCAUUUGCCUUUUUCUGCUUGGUUCUCAUUGAUAACGAUUGGUUAUGGACAUAAACUUAUUAAACUUCCAUUAUAAUAACCCAUAUAUUGCGAAAGCAAUGUGAAAUGCUUAGGAACCUUCAGAGGAUCUUUCUAAAACUGCUGAACUUUUUGUUUCCAGCACUAGUUUAUUCAGGCAAAUUAGACUUAGUCUAUAGAUUCUUACGCAAUAAGAACAAUUAUGAAGAGAACAACAUGGGAGGUAAUUUCUGACUUUUAUUCAAGGUUUAAUUUGUAUUUUUAAACUGUGAUGUCAUCGAGCUAUAAUACUACUGUUUGCGUCUAUUUGUAGAAGUAUAAUCAUAUUAUUAAGUAUAGAAGUUUAUCCUUGACACAUUGAAAAACUAGCCUCAAAAUCAUCAGGAUGGUUGAUGCAGUCGUGUCCUAUGCAGUUCAAAAACUGGGGGAUUUCCUCAUAGAGGAAGUUUCCCUGCGCCAAAGUCUCAGAGAGAACGUUCAUUGGCUGAGAAAUGAACUGUCUUUCAUGCAAGCUUUCCUCAAAGAUGCUGAAAAAAAGCAAGCAGAAGAUCACCUGGUGCAGCAAUGGGUAUUUGAAGUCACUUCUGUUGCUAAUGAAGCUGUGGCCAUCUUAGAAGCAUACAGUUUGGAUGCGGCAAAAGAUGGUGAUCAUGCUGCAGGAUUUGUUGAUCGUCUUAAGGCUUGCGCUUGCAUCUGUCAAAAGGAGGCCAAAUUCCACAACAUUGGGAAGGACAUCCAGUCCCUCAAGGAAAGAGUCAUGGAUAUCUCGAAACGAGAUACCUAUGGUAUUAUUCACAUCAAUAAUAAUGCUGGAGAAGGGUCAAAUGAUCCGUCCACAUUAGCAAGAACAUUGAGGAGAGCAGUGUCCUUUGCCGAUGAAGAUCAACUCUUUGUUGGAUUUCAAGAGGUCUUUCAAAGACUACUUGAUGAACUUCUCAAAGAGGAGUCUCGCAGAAAUGUCCUUUCAAUUUAUGGUAUGGGUGGGUUGGGCAAGACCACUCUUGCAAGAAACCUAUAUAACUCCCCACAUGUACUUAGCAGCUUUCAAAUUCGUGCUUGGAUAUGCGUCUCUCAACAGUAUAGUACCCCGGAUCUCCUUCGGAGGAUCAUAAAAUCUAUCGAGGGUUGCAGUGAAGAAAUGCUAAAAUUGCUGAAGGAGAUGUCAGAGAGAGAUCUAGAAACUCACCUCCGUAAUCUACUGCAAGAGAGAAAAUACCUUGUGGUGGUUGAUGAUGUAUGGCAUCGAGAAGCUUGGGACAGCCUAAAAAGAGCCUUUCCGGAUAACAACAAUGGCAGUAGAGUGAUUCUCACAACACGGAAGGAAGACGUGGCUGAAAGAGUCGAUGACAAAGGUUUCUCCCAUAAACUCCGUUUUCUAAAGAAAGAAGAAAGCUGGAAUCUUUUAUGCAAGAAACUACGUCCAGAGAAUAAGAUGGUUGGUGCUGAUUUGUUCUCCCCAUCUAUGGAAAGUCUAGCUAAGGAUAUGGUGGAGAAGUACAGAGGCUUACCACUUGCCAUUGUGGUACUAGGUGGGCUACUUUCCUACAGAAAAGGGGUGGACGAAUGGCAAAAGGUGAAAACACACCUUUGGCAGCAUAUGAAGAACGACUCUGUUGAGAUCACUCACAUCCUGUCAUUGAGCUACAAUGAUUUGUCGUUUGAGCUCAAGCAAUGUUUUCUAUACUUAGGAAUUUUCCGAGAAGAUGAAGUGAUUGAUACUGAAAAGUUGAUGUAUUUGUGGCUGGCCGAGGGGUUCAUACCAAGAAUUAGAGAAGACGAUAUGGAUGAUAUUGCUGAAAACUUCCUACAUGAGUUAAUAAGUCGAAGUUUGAUUCAAGUGGCGGGGACAUUCUUCGGUAAAAUUCUUACAUGUAGGAUGCACGACCUACUUCGGGAUCUUGCUGUACAAAAAGCCGUGGAAGUUAACUUGUUUGACAUUUAUGAUCCAAGAGUAAACUCGGCACUCCAUUUCGACCGACAUGCUAUUCAUGCACAACCUCAAAGGUAUCUUUCACUUGAUCUUUCUAAAUUGAAGGUAAGGUCAAUAUUUUUCUUUGAUAACGAAUUUAUGAACUUGGAUUCUAGUAAAAAGUUCAUGACAUUCUGCAUGACAUUCCCGCAUCUAUAUGUGCUGGACUUGGAGAACAUCUCUUUUGAUGGGAAUGAACUACCUGAUGCUAUAGGCAACAUGGUACACCUCAAGUUCUUAGGUUUGUCUAACACCAACGUUUUUGGACUCCCACCUUCCAUUGGCAAACUAAAACGCCUACAAACGUUGGAAGCAUUGAUUGGUGACCAUUGCUCAUGCAAACUUCCUCCUCAGGUAGCCCAGCUAACAAGUUUGAGACAUUUAGUUGCUCGAUAUGAGGUUCCCUUGCAAGUUGACAGGCUUACUAAUCUACGAACUCUAAAAUAUAUUUGUUGUGAUCAGUGGAAAAAUACUGAUGCUUCUGGUUUAGUCAACCUUCAAGAAUUGGGCAUGGAAAAAAUUUGGAAAUCUUACUCCCUAAAAUCCAUUGGCAACCUGAAAAGCCUCACCACUUUGUUUCUAGUUUGCCAAUAUGGUGAACUUUUUCCUCCUCUUGAACCUCUUUCUUCUUGUCAAAACCUUCAAAGGCUGUGGUUAUCAGGGGAAAUAGAAGAACUAGCAGAUUUAAACAAUCUGCCGAAAUGUAUCACGCUGUUAGUCCUACAGUCUGCUGGACUCAAGGAAGAUCCAAUGCCAAUUCUGGGAAAGUUUCCAAACUUAAAGAAUCUUGAGUUAUCAAGGGCUUACGAGGGAAAGAAUAUUUCUUGCAAGGGCAACGAUUUUGGUCAGCUGGAGAUCCUUAGACUGUAUAAUCUUAAAAAUCUAGAAAGCUGGCAUCUUGAUGGAACUGCUAUGAGUCUGAUUAAAAGCUUGAGUAUACUUGAGUGUCCGAAGCUGAUGGAAAUUCCAGAACAAAUGAAACAUGUUGCAGUAUUUGAGGAGCAAUCUAGUGAUCAAACACAAUGGGGUAGUUGUCGGAACCCAAGAUAUAGUUGAUGGAACUUGCUGCAUCUGUGAAGCUUUUGAGGAACUAUUUCCAAGCAACCACCUCUCUAAUCACGAAGGGAUUUUCCUUGACACAAUACUUCAGCGAGCAUCACAUAUGCUUUGGAUCUGAUCUUCUUCAUACAUAUUCAAGAUGGUUUAAUGACACAAUGUCUGUCAUCUUCACAUCACACACCACGAUAGCUGCUAUGGUUGCUGUAUUUUUGGAUCAGACUCUUCCGUUUAGUAACGAUGAAGCUCAAAAAGAUAAUGGGUACAUUGGUGGGACAAGUUUGUGAUAUAUGCUAGAGAUGUUACAAGUGAUGAGUUCUAUAAAUUACCAUGCCAACUUAAUAGGUUCUUCCCACCUUAUUAGCCAAAAAGAAAUGCCAUCACUGUUUUGUGUAAUUGCUUCUUUCAUAAACAAACAAUAUGCUUUCUGUCAUGCGCAAAGUUGCUACUCGAAUCUAGUCACAUUCUGUUGACGUCCAAGAAAUCUUGUUAUUAAGAAUGUCAGGUGUAUCUGCAACAGAUCCUCAAUUGUCCAAGUCAAAGAUGAUUUAUUUUAUUACAGCAAAAAUCAUGUCUUAUGCCAAAAACGAAACAAAUACAAAAUUAUGCUAUUUGAGCCACAUGGCUAAAAAACGGAGGACAAAAUUAUUUGCGUUACUAAUAAUUCUCAAAGAGCAUUUUUGGAAUAUUAGAACUUAUCCUUAUACAACUUUUGUCUGAACACAGAAUCUUUUCAAUAAAUUUUUUUUUAUCUGUUUUGUUUCUGUAUUUGGAUGUUUAUGUUGUUUUUUUUUAAAAAAAGAUGGGGCAGCGAAAAGGGGUUAAAAUGGCUCUCAAAGAAUUGAAUAACUUUUAAUAGUAUUCAAUGAUUUUAUUAAGCAUCAAGGGGCUUUAAAUAGCCACAUUACAAUAGAAAAAUCAACAACAACAACAACAAACCCAGUGUAUUCCCACUUAGUGGGGUCUGGGG